AAUUCCGACUUUUCCUCCUUGGGUGAAGGUUCACUGCGGUGACUGUGUGUGACGGUGGCAGCCUGUGAUUGUCAAUCGUUUUAUCCACAAUGUCGGGCCGUGUUCUUGUUGGAGUAAAGCGUGUCAUCGACUAUGCCGUUAAGAUUCGGGUGAAGCCAGACAACAGUGGCGUAGUGACGGAUGGCGUGAAGCACUCGAUGAACCCCUUCUGUGAGAUCGCUGUGGAAGAGGCUGUCAAACUGAAGGAGAAGAAGCUCAUUAAGGAGGUCGUGGCUGUCAGCUGUGGGCCACAGCAAUCCCAGGAGACCAUUCGUACUGCUCUUGCCAUGGGAGCGGACCGGGGGAUUCACGUGGAAGUGAGUGGGAAAGAUUAUGAGACCCUAGGACCCUUGCAGGUUUCUAAAAUCCUGGCUGCUUUGGCCAAGAAGGAGGACGCUCAGCUCAUCAUCCUUGGCAAACAGGCCAUAGACGAUGACUGUAAUCAGACUGGUCAGAUGACAGCGGCCUUACUGGACUGGCCUCAGGGUACCUUUGCAUCAGAGGUUUCAAUGGACGGAGCUCAGGUUAAGGUUGUCCGAGAAAUCGACGGUGGGCUGGAAACUAUUAAGAUCAACACACCGGCAGUGCUGACUGCAGACCUCCGACUCAACACCCCUAGAUAUGCCACCCUGCCUAAUAUCAUGAAAGCAAAGAAGAAGAAGAUUGCUAACGUGAAGCCUGCAGACUUGGGUGUGGACCUGACUUCACGGUUGGAGGUUCUGAGGGUUGACGAGCCCCCACAGAGGCAGGCAGGGAUGAAGGUGGAGACAGUUGAAGACCUGGUGGAAAAACUAAGGGAUACUGGAAAGGUAUAGAGGCUCGAGGAGCAAGAGGACAGGAGCACACAACCCAGCAGAGCGCACUCUGAUGAAUGAGGACUGUACUGCAUACACACACCCUCCGAAUGAGUUUACGUAUCAGUCUUGUCCUUUUUUAUUUGCGACUGUUGUUCCUGAGCGUGUGCAGCUGGGUACUAACAGAAGAAGAUAAUUACUGAGACACACUGUCCUUAAGUCAAACGUCCCCAAAAAGAUAUUUUCUUCUUAUGUACAUUUUAGCAUAAAUACAUCUGUAUCAUUUAAUUAUCAAGAAAUGGACUUUAUGCAAUAAAUUAAUGUUAUACAUUGUACUACGCCGAUUGCUACUUGUAAUAACUGUAGAUUCAUCUGAAAGCGGCUUAACAUUAGGUUUUUAUAUCUUGUAAUGUAGCCACACGUGUUCAGAGGUGUAUAUGGUAUUUUGUAAAUAUGGACCCAAACAUGUAGAAAUGAUGUCUUUCAAGAUCAUUCUCAUUGCCGUUGCUAAUCUGUACAGUUAAUGUAUCUGUGACUUGGCUUGGGACUGGCUGGACAGUGUGUCUCAGUAUAUGUAGGGGGAGAUUAUAAUAAAUCAAUAAUUUUACCGUAAGCGCCUCAAUUCUGUUGAUUGUACAGAAAAUCCCCAUGACAAUAAAGCAGCCAGUCUUUUUCAUAUUCAA